AUAUAUAUCUAAUCCCCGGCCGCACUCUUCUCCUCGAUCCGACCAGACCAGAGCUACUCCCGUUCGUGCUCAAUUCAUGGACGUCAAUGACUGCUCUUCCUCCUCCUCUUCUUCUUUUUCCUCCUCUUCUUCUUUAUCCUCCUCCUCGCGGCUGCCUUUCACGCCUUCGCCGAAGCGAAAGGCCGGGCGGAAGAAGUUUCGGGAGACGCGCCACCCGGUGUACCACGGCGUGCGGUCGCGCGGAGGAGGCCGGAAGUGGGUGUCGGAGGUGCGGGAGCCAGGGAAGAAGAGCCGAAUCUGGCUCGGCACCUUCCCCACCCCGGAGAUGGCCGCCCGGGCCCACGACGUCGCCGCCAUCGCCCUCCGCGGCGCCGCCUCCGCCCACCUCAACUUCCCUGAUUCCGCCGAGGUGCUGCCCCGGGCGCGCUCCUCCGCCCCCGAGGAAGUCCGCCGCGCAGCCGUCGAGGCUGCCAAGAUGACGGCAGAAGUCGACGUGGUCGACCGCACUCCGGCAUCGUCGUCGGUAUCGGCGCGGACAGCGGCUCCGCCGGAGGUGUUCUUGGACGAAGAGGCGGUGUUCAAUCUCCCGGGGUUGCUGGAGGACAUGGCCAGGGGGCUUCUGGUGACUCCGCCGGCGAUGCACAGGGCUAUUGAUUGGGAGACUGUCGGGCUGGAGGAGGAUGGUUACAUGGCCGGCGAAGGCAUCUCCCUCUGGAGCGUGGAUUAGUUAAAUUGUUGGGUCGGAUUAGUAAAUUAUAAAGAAGAGUUAACCAGUUGGAUAAAUUUUAAGGGUGAAGAAACGAUAUCCUUAACUUUUAUUUAAAGUAUGAAAAAUUAAAAUAACAUCCCCUUUUAUAUCUCAUUA